UUCUGUUACUGGAACGUCGGAGUUUCAUGGAACUUAGUUCCCAACAGAGAAUUGUGGAUCUAGCCUUAAAAAACAGACGGAUACUAUGUUGACAGAUGCAGAGAGCGAGUGUGUGUUUGUCUCUUUGGGUAGGAAGGGUUCAGCUGACUGGGACAUGUCGAUUCCUGGGCUCAGUGGUGUUCGAAGACUACAGCACCGAAGUUAUGUCAAAUCACCGGAUGUUGCGUUUGGACAAUUCCAUUUCUACACGAAUUAUGUUAUUCAAAGUCAAAAUCAGGGCUGAAUUCAUUACGCCCAUUCUGUUGCAAAACGUCUCGUCUGUUGCAACGUUUUGUAACAAACCGUUCACUCCAAACGGAAAACGUUUUGCAACGAAAAGGAUCGUUUCUAUUGGACAAAUUCAUGUAGGUCCCUUCCCAUUUCGUUCUAUUUGCUUUCGUUUGGUUCUUAAAUGGUAAACGAUUUCCGUUGCAAAACGUAAUUAAGAAGCCCCGGAUUAUUUGUUUUUUUUGUUUAAAUUCCGUGAGAGUGACACAAGCAUCCAGGGAGCGCGCUUUGGAGUGGACGUCAGUCACUGCGCGUGCCAGUCAAUCCAACCCUUCCGGACACAGAGAGCGCGCCGCGCAUCCACAUUCCCUCCCGCGAGGAGCGCUCAGCUGUCUUCUCCCGUUCUGUCUCAGCGCCUGGAAUUUUACCUCCCCGGUGCUGUUCACACCUUUCUUCGCCAGCCCCCGGGAAUAACGGGCGACCCGUAGUGCUCUCCGUGGCGAUGGUGUCUGACAUGAUCUGACAGAGGAAGACUGCAGCGAUAGUCUCCGUGGUUAUUAUGGGCUGUGCCCACUGUAAACAGAAAAAGGCUGCAGCCAAGGCGGCUUCAGCCGAGCUGUCUGACCCAUCUCCUAGCAACAGUCCUGAUGGGGUUGUGUCUACAGCAUUGGCCAUGCCCCGUUAUCACCCUGGCCCCACCCACCCGACAAUACCUGACUUCAACAAGCCUUUUGGCUCCGCCUGUUUUCCUAAUACCAACGCACAAACCUGCGUAGGGGGCGUCACAGGUGGAGGUGUAACUCUCUUCAUAGCAUUGUAUGACUAUGAUGCUCGUACUGAAGAUGACCUGUCCUUCCAGAAGGGAGAGAAGUUCCACAUCAUCAACAACACAGAGGGGGACUGGUGGGAGGCCCGGUCGUUGGACACUGGGAAGUCUGGUUAUGUCCCUAGUAACUAUGUAGCUCCUGUAGACUCUAUACAGGCUGAGGAGUGGUAUUUUGGUAAGAUGGGGAGAAAGGAUGCAGAGAGACAACUCCUGGGACUGGAGAACCCCAGAGGAACAUUCCUUAUCAGAGAGAGUGAGACCACCAAGGGUGCCUACUCUCUGUCUAUCCGGGACUGGGAUGAUGGUAAAGGUGACCACGUCAAACAUUAUAAGAUCAGGAAGCUGGACAAUGGAGGAUAUUAUAUCACAACACGCACACAGUUCGACACCGUGCAUCAACUGGUGCAGCACUACACAGAGCGAGCAGCAGGUUUGUGCUGUAGGUUGAUUGGCAGCUGUAGGCGGGGCAUGCCUAAGCUAGCCGACCUAUCGGUGAAGACCAAGGACGUGUGGGAGAUUCCCAGAGAAUCUCUCCAGCUGAUUAAGAAGCUGGGCAACGGGCAGUUUGGAGAAGUCUGGAUGGGCUGUAACGAUGGGCUGUGUUACUUUCUGACCACACCCUGUCCCAAUGCCACGCCCCUCACCCUGGGGCUGGGGCGGGACGCCUGGGAGGUUGCCAGGAAAACGCUGGCCCUAAACAGAAAGUUGGGCCAGGGCUGCUUCGGAGACGUCUGGAUGGGUAUGUGGAACGGCACCACCAAGGUAGCAGUGAAGACAUUGAAGCCAGGCACCAUGUCUCCAGAGGCUUUCCUAGAAGAGGCUCAGAUCAUGAAGAGACUGAGACAUGACAAGCUGGUGCAGCUGUACGCUGUGGUCUCUGAAGAACCCAUCUACAUCAUCACAGAGUUCAUGAGCCAAGGUAGCUUACUGGACUUCCUAAAGGACGGGGAAGGAGGGAAUCUGAAGCUGCCUCAACUGGUGGAUAUGGCUGCUCAGAUAGCGGCAGGCAUGGCAUAUAUAGAGCGUAUGAACUACAUCCAUCGUGAUCUGCGAGCGGCUAACAUUCUGGUCGGGGAAAAUCUGGUGUGCAAGAUCGCUGACUUUGGUCUGGCCAGACUCAUAGAGGACAAUGAGUACACAGCCAGACAAGGAGCCAAGUUCCCCAUCAAGUGGACAGCUCCUGAAGCAGCUCUAUACGGGCGUUUCACCAUCAAGUCUGAUGUGUGGAGCUUUGGUAUCCUGCUCACUGAACUCGUCACAAAAGGACGCGUGCCUUACCCAGGUAUGAAUAACCGCGAGGUCCUGGAGCAGGUGGAGAGAGGCUACAGGAUGCCCUGUGCGGUGGGUUGUCCUGCCUCCCUCCAUGAGCUGAUGGUGCAGUGUUGGCGGAGAGAGGCGGACGAGAGACACACCUUUGAAUACCUGCAGGGCUUCCUGGAGGACUACUUUACUGCUACUGAACCCCAGUACCAGCCUGGAGAGAACCUGUGACCACGCACAUGCACACAGACACAAGUGUGUACACACACACACACACACACACAACCUAUACAUACUGUAAGCUUUAUCUACUAUAUGUUGCUGUCUGUCAGGGCAGAGCAAUCAAACACGAGCUAGAAUUCUUCCUCUCCUCCUAUCUGUGCUCGGCUGCCCAGACCAGCAGAGGAAAGGGACUGUUGUCAGUGUACUAUGCCUUAAUAGCUUUACUGAGUUACCAUGACAACAAGGCUUCGUCUUUAGAUGGAGGUUGGGGGGGUUUAAGGUUAGGGUUAGAUGGGGUUAGGGGUCAAGGUUUGUGGGGCUGUAGGGGACCAGUUUGUGCCUAAAAUCUUUACUUGUGUAAGAUGAUGAUGGUGAUGACUUCACUCCAAUGCUUUUUACUCUCUAAGCAUCUUUCAUGACGUCAAAGUGGAUUUUCUUUCUGCAACCUUUCUUAAACCUGAUAUUGACAACCCCGGUUUUUAAUUUGUUUAUUUAAUGCUUGUAUAUCUACUGUUUGUAUCUUAGCUAACACAUGGGGUCUGUUCAGCAGGGUGCAACGUUUCAGAAUAUUCAGAUAGACAAUCAUAUAUGUUCUAUACAGUAUAUUUUUAUCAGGUAGAAUAGGCGUUUGUACCAGCUCUAUUCGUAAAAUGUCUAUGUGCUAUGUUCUGACUAUUUCACCUCUCUGAAUCCACGCAUGUUCUGUAUACAGCCUUCUGCCAAUGGGAGGGCCAGGCAAAGGGUCAAAUAAAUGCACAGAGGUCGGAGUUGGGACCGUGUGCAGGAGUGUGGGUUUUUAUGAUGAUUUGAACUUUUCUGUUGUUUCAGAUGUUUCUGUGUCUGUGGUAAAGUUCUUUUCCACAAUA